UUCUAAACGCACUGCGCUCCGCGCGCGCACUGCCCGACCAGCAGCGGCUCAGCGCGCACGCGAGCGGACAGAUCAGCCUUCUGCCUCACAGGGAAAUAAACAAACAAAUAAAUAAAUAAAGGCUUCUUUUCUUUCUUUACGGCUUUUUGUUUUUAAGCGCAGCCGAGACACCGCGUCGUGCCUGCAGAAAGGAUUAAAACAAACUGGCGAGAUAUAGAUAUAUAUAUAUAUUUUUUUUCUGUUUUGUUUAAAGAAGCCAUUUUUCCGUCGCUCGCGCACAUUUUUUGGGGUUUAAAAAGUAGUCUCGCGAAAGAGAGCGCGCGACGUGACCGUUGAAACUUUUUGUGUGUGAGAGUGUGGCUAAGCUAAUCUCCACAGGUUCCUUGUGUGUGGAAGCCGAGUGAGUGAGUGAGGUGAAGGAGGAGAAGAAAAAGGGCUGAGAAAGUGUCGACUUGUUGCCCUUGAGAGUCGAGUUUGGAUUGUAGGAAGCGGAUUAAAAGCGCUUUCGAAGUUUCGUGGACUUGUUUUUGUGGCGCUUUUGUUCUCUCAAGAAGAACGAAGCUCCGAAGAAUCACUCAUUCGACUCACUCGACUCCGACUCUUCCAUCAUUCACAGCCAAGAAGUUUUACUCGACUCUUGCAACACUUCUUUUUUUUCCUCCCUUUCCUGAGGUGUUUUUUUUUUUUUUUUUAAGUUUUUCCAAUGAGCUGGAUUUCACAACGGACAAGCUGGAUUUCGCUUCUGAGGAUUACUACUGAAAUAGUGUUCUGGUUUUGAGUGGGUUUUUUUCCCCCUCAAUGUUCGGCGAGAACUGAGCUCACGAACACUUUGUUGUUGUUUUUAAUACAGUAAGCUACAGUUCCUGAAACCGCACGCUUUGUUUGGAUUUUAGCGCGCACACACACACACACACACAGAGAGAGAGAGAGAGAGAGCCAACAUGCCGCAGCUGAACGGAGGCGGAGGAGACGAGCUCGGGGCGAACGACGAGAUGAUCUCGUUUAAGGACGAGGGCGAGCAGGAGGAGAAAACGGCCGAGAGCGUGUCCGCCGACAGGGACCUGGAUGACGUGAAGUCGUCGCUGGUGAACGAGUCAGAGAACAACAGCAGCUCGUCAGAUUCGGAGCCGACAGAGAGACGACCUCAACCUCGUCCCGACGCUGAAAGUUAUGAAAAAGCCCGUGAGUGUUUUAACGAAGCGCUGAGGAGACAACAAGAUGGAGGAGGAUUGUUUAAGAGCCCACACUACCCUGGUUACCCGUUCCUCAUGCUCCCGGAUCUGGCCAGCCCCUAUUUACCCAACGGGGCUCUGUCUCCUACUGCCAGGACUUAUCUGCAGAUGAAAUGGCCGUUGUUGGACGUGCCGAGCUCAGCAGCGCUGAAGGACUCCAGAUCACCUACUCCAGGACAUUUGUCUAAUAAGGUUCCUGUGGUGCAGCAUGCUCACAUGCACCCGCUGACCCCCCUCAUCACCUACAGUAAUGAUCACUUUCCUCCAGCGACGCCACCUGCACACCUCUCUCCAGAGAUCCUGGACCCUAAGACAGGUAUCCCACGGACCCCCCACCCCUCUGAGCUGUCUCCAUAUUACCCCCUCUCUCCAGGGGCUGUGGGGCAGAUCCCUCACCCUCUGGGCUGGCUUGUCCCACAACAAGCACAGCCCAUGUACUCCAUUCCUCCAGGAGGUUUCCGCCACCCGUACCCAGCACUCGCUAUGAAUGCCUCCAUGUCCAGUCUGGUGUCAAGCCGUUUUCCUCCUCACGUUGUGCCUCAUCAUCCUCACAGCCUUCAUCAGACAGGAAUCCCUCACCCUGCUAUAGUCUCUCCUGCCAUCAAACAGGAACCCAAUGGAGAGCUGAGCCCCGCCGCGCACACGAAGUCUCCAGGGCCAGCAAAGAAGGAGGAAGAGAAGAAGCCGCACAUUAAGAAGCCCCUGAACGCCUUCAUGCUGUAUAUGAAGGAGAUGAGGGCUAAAGUAGUGGCCGAGUGUACGCUCAAAGAGAGCGCCGCUAUCAAUCAGAUACUAGGCAGGAGGUGGCACUCUCUGUCUCGGGAAGAGCAGGCCAAAUACUACGAGCUGGCCAGGAAAGAGCGGCAGCUUCACUCUCAGCUCUACCCCGGCUGGUCUGCACGAGAUAACUACGGCAAGCGGAAGAAGAGGAAGAGAGAGAACAAGGCCGACUCAGCAGCAGAAGAUUACUCAGCGCGGAGUAAGAAGCCUUGUGUGCAGUACCUCCCUCAGGAGAAAAUGAUCGACAGCCCGGCGUCCUCUCACGGCAGCAUGCUGGACUCCCCGGCCACGCCCUCCGCCGCCCUGGCGUCACCCGCUGCGCCCGCCCCCACUCACUCGGAGCAGGCCCAGCCGCUGUCGCUCACCACCAAACCUGAGCGCCAUCACCCUCACUUCUCUCUGAUCUCCAAACCUUCCUCAUCCUCCUCUUCUGUUCCUGCUUCAUCUUCCUCCUCUUCCUCUCACCCCAGCAUCUCUCUCGCCAUCAGCUCCUCAGGCAGUCAGUCGACCCCGCCUCUCCUCUCUCGGCCAAUCCCCUUCACCUCCCUCCACCCCUCUCUCUUGUCUCCGCCCUCGCCGUUCCACCAGGCCGCCCUGCACUCCCAUCAUGCCCUGUUCCAGACACAGCCGCUCUCCUUGGUAACCAAAUCAGCUGACUGAGCCGACAGCAACGUUCUCUCUCUCCUCUCUCUGCUUUAAACAUGCUGUACAUUGCUUUUUUUUUUUUUAAAACACCCCCCACCCCACACACACACACACACACACACACACACACACACACACACACAGACGUCAGGUUAACUUUUUUAAUAAGCGAAAAGUAAAUGAAUAUUAUUGGUCAAUAUUUGAUCACCUGCUUUUCUGUGUCUCUCUAUGAAAGUGUAUUUUUUUGUAAAGUCUACUUUGGAACUGGUUUCUUAUUUGAUACAGUUAUCCAGCAAAAUCUCCUUGUAUAAAGUUAUUACCUGUAUUAAAAACUUCUUUAAUAAGACAAGAAGGAAAAAAAAAAUCUUAAAAGCGUACAUGUAAUUAAUGGUAGUUUUUGAAGUUUAAUUCCUAGAACAGGCCGCUUAUUAGAAGGCUUUUGAGACUACCCCUCCAGUUUUGAAGUGUGUGAACUUGAUAAAUAAAACUUGUAAAUUGUUUCUAGAA